CAUAUUAUUAUUUUAUUUUCAGCUGACUUACAGAAAGUGAAUGAUCACUUAUGCUACAAGUGCUAUCGUGCUCCGAACACUUUAAAGUUUGAAGUGAAGCUUCAUGAAAUAAAACUUGGGGGAUUGUCUUCAAUAAUGAUAUAUGUUGAUGGCACUCAGCAUCAUAUUACCAGAGACUGUGGAGUGUGUAGCAGUGACAGUGGAGAGAACUUAAGGUACCCCAACAAGAAUGACAGUGCAGUGUGCCACCAUUGUCAGCUCAUAACAAGUGGUAUCAUGUUUGAAUUGUAUUUACAACUGAAUCCUCAAGUGCAGACUUCUUCUGAAGGAGAAAGUCCUUGCCCGAAUAUUGCCAAGUUUAAUAUUAGUCUGAGCAUGAACACUGACAAGCCAGAUGUUGAAGUAGCCUCCGACUGUGAUGAUGGUUUCAGGGUUAGUUUACCUCUGGCUGGUGAUACUUGCAUUGUCAACUCAACAUUUUUUGGAACAGAAACUCAUUGUCUUGUUCCAACAUGCUCAGAUGGGAUCAGGUCUCCAGAUGAUUCCAAUGAAAAAAUAGAAUAUAAAUUUCAACCACAUAAGUCUGCAGAGAGUUGUGUCUGGCAGUUAAACACGGAACAACGUAAACACGUGACUCUUACCUUCUCUCUCAGUAUUAAGCCGCACAUUACUGUUUUUGAAGAGUCUCUCAUGAACCCAAAAUGGGAUAUUGAAUGGUGCCCAACUUAUGAUAAUGAUUUUAGAAUGGUGACAGACACUGACACAGUUUUUGUAGUGUAUCAUAGUUCUACCAAGCUGACCAAGAAGGGAUCAUUGUCCAUAACCACACAGACAGAUCUCUGCAUUCUUCCUCCACCCCUUGAAAAUGGGAGUGUGGAAUUCCAACGUCUGGAGUCUGGUACUGUGGCCCACUACAUGUGUGACAAGGGCUUCAGUCUGUUUGGUCCCUUAAAACUACACUGUAAAAAUGGAGGAGACUGGGAUGAACCUCCUAUAUGUGUGCAUCUUAAGAAGCCUGACUUCCAGCUGCUAUGGCAACUCUUACUCCAGUAUCUGCUUUAGUUCAUUCUUCUACCUUGGUUACAGGAGGUGUUUAUUUACCAAUUCAGUUUAGUCCUGCUUUAAUAGGGUCAGAAGCUCAAUCUGUUUUAUUAAUUAUUUCUUGUUUAACAAUAUUUAUAGCAGGACUAGGUGCUAACGUUGAAUAUGAUUUGAAGAAGAUUAUUGCUUGGUGUAAUAUUAAGGACUUUUAGCCUUUGGUUUUGCUGAUUUAACCUUUUUUCAUUUAUUGGCUCAUGCUUUAUUUAAGGCAUUAUUGUUUAUAUGUGCUGGAGUAGUUAUUCGUGCGGUCUAAGAGUAUCAAGAUAUUCGCUGUAUGGGUAGAUUAGUUUUUAGGAUACCUUUAACUAGAACUUGUAUAAAUUUGGCUAAUUUAACUUUAUGUGGAAUACCAUUUUUGGCUGGGUUUUCUUCUAAAGAUUUAAUUUUAGAAGUAGCUUUUAUAAGAAAUAUUAAUUUAUUGGCAUUUAUUUGAUAUCCUUUGGCCACAGGGUUAACGGCGUGUUAUAGAUAUCGUUUAGUUUAUUACAGUUUAACGGGUUUAUUUAAUGUAAGGAGAAUAAGUCGGGUUAACGAUAAAAGAGUUGUAAUGACCACAUCAAUGAUGAGACUAAGAGUUGGUGGUGUCACAGGGGGAGCUAUUUUAUCUUGGGUUAUUUUUCCU